GAUGAGAUGUACAAGCAAAAUGACAUCACAGCCGAUCAGGCAUGCUGUGUGGCACUGUGUAAAGUGGUUUGGGCCUAUAUUUGGGAGCCUUUAUCUUUUUGGAGAAGUGUCUCUGGGACUUAAUGCUAACGAGAUAAAGAGGAUAGUUGCUGCAGAGAGUUAUCUUUUGGACUAACUUCACCGUCAGACUUUUCCCCCCCCCCCUCCGGCACCAUCAUGUAGCCUACUAGAGGUUUUCAUCCUUUAUCUAUGCAGGGCACACACCGGAAACGAGUUUCCUCUUUACCGCAGCGGUCCUCAUGCAGCAUCGCUGAUAGCGGGCCGCUUUGGCCUGCGUGACCAGGAGCUCUGACGGGCCACAUCUGUGGCACCUCUGGGAAUGGUGUGAGCUGUAGAUUGGGACUCCCUACACAAACUGACACAGACAGCUGGAACUGGACACACGUGUGUGUGUGUGUGUGUGUGUUGACAUCCUGUCUGAAGCACGCCGACGCACUCAAAGCCACAGUAUGACGCCACACGGUGUGCUUCGUGCCGUUGGAACCGAGGAAACUGAAGCAGUUGAAGCCGAUUUUGAAAAAGCAGCCCGUCCCUGGAGGGCCCAGACGGCCCCCUCCACCGUAGAUCUACCCUGGGUGCGCUUCACAGCGUAUUCCUAGGACCCCUUUAUAGAAUCAACGGCGUGUUCCAACGCCUCACUAAAAGCACCUGCUUUUACCGCCAGAACGCAAAUCCUCAGCAGGGGGAGGUGGGGGGGGGGCCUCGUCCGGGACCAGCUCUGCAGGGCCCAGCAAGGGCCAAUGUGUCCCCCCCUACCGGCCCCCGCCACCAAAAAGCUUUUUAAAGGUUCCUAAAUCGCAACUGCAUUAAUGAGUAAUGACGCCAAACUGCAGAACUCAUCGAAGAGGCUCACAGCUUUUUUUUUAUUUUUGGAAGCAUUCCAAGCAAGCUCCAGGGAGUCAGUGCAUCGCGUGCAGGUAUCUUCGGGGGUCACGUUGUCAGCAGUUUCGGCUCCGCAGAUGGUGAUCAGGUUCCAGGCUGGAUGUCCUUAGCUGUGGUGUUGGUUACCAGAGAACUCGGGCUCGGUGGGUUUUGGUUUAGGGUGAUCACAGGCAGGGGUAGUCGUGUGGGGAGUAGUACGGGGGGUAGUCAGGUGAGUAAUACCUCGGGGGUGACCCGCUGGGAGGUUUGUGCGAUGAAAUGAAAGCAUGUUGGUGUGGUUUUUGUGGUUGUAUGUUCUGGAGCUUGCUGAAGUUCCAUAUGCCUUUUUUUAAAAAGAAAAUAUAGCAUGUGACACUUUGCAGUCUGCUUCCUUUUCCGCAGCCCAGCGGCGCCCCUCCCCCUAUCCCCAGUCAGUCAUGUGGAGCCCCCCUUGCCAGGGUCGCUGAGCAGCUGAGGUCAGAGUUCAAGUGCGCGUUCCCGGGAAGCCAUGGCCGACAGGGAGGGGCCGCCCAUCACCCCGGGGCAGAUCUACAUCGAGGUGGAGUUUGACUACGAGUACAAGGCCAAGGACAAGAUGGUGGCCAUCCGCCAGGGAGAGUGCUACAUGCUGGUGAAGAAGACCAACGAGGACUGGUGGCAGGUGAGGAAGGACGAGGGAGCGAAGGCCUUUUACGUGCCAGCGCAGUACGUGCGGGAGGUGCGUCGUGCGCUCAUGCCCCCCCAGAAGCCCACUCUGAGGGCCAAGCCCACUGUUUUGGAUAUCUGCCGGGCGUCCAACGAAAACCUCAACAGAGCCCACCCGGAAAUGUCCAGCUUUGGGCGCCCAUCGCCUUCCUCCACGCCGUCGCCAUCCUCUGAUCGCUUCACGCCGCCGGCAAUGUCCAAGGACGCCAACCACAACGUGGGAAGUCCCCAUCACUGCAAGAUGGUGGCCGAGCUGGUGCUUCUUCACAACAACAACAACCAUCACCACGGCAACAAUUCCACGUUGCCGAGGACUCGGGCGGACUCGCCGCCGCUCAAAGUGGGGAACGGUCACGACACGAGCCCAGACAGCGGCAAGGCCUCCCCCCCGUGCGACCUGUCUGCAGAGGGGCUGAACAACUCGGAGGACGAGCUGAGCAGCAGCUCUACUGAACACAUGCAGACAACAUCACCCACGGGUCAGGGCCGCUCCGACUCGCCGGUUUACGCCAACCUCCAGGAGCUGAAGCUCUCUCAGUCCAGUCUGCCGGGCGUCCCUUCCAGCUCUCCUCUGCACAUCCUGGGCGACUGGGAGACCCACAAGGACCUCAGCGGCAGGCACUUCUACUACAACAGAGCCAGCGGCGAGCGGACCUGGAAGCCGCCCCGCACCAGGGACACCAGCGGCAGCACCAGCAGCGCUAGGGGAGACGGCCAGGGCACGGCGGGGGGCGAGCCGCUGUCCUCUGAGGAGUUCUGUCACAGCACCUACUCCAGUCAGUCUGACAGCCAGUACGGGUCGCCCCCUAGAGGCUGGUCCGAGGAGCUGGACGAGCACGGACACACGCUCUACGUCUCAGAAUACACACAGGAGAAGUGGAUAAAACAUGUGGAUGAACAAGGGCGGCCCUACUACUACAGCUCUGACGGGUCCAGGUCAGAAUGGGAACUGCCCAAGUACAACGUCUCCCCUCAGUCCAGCGAGGUCCCCAAGAGUCGCAGUCUGGAGAGGAAGCAGCAGGACCCCAUCGUCCUCACCAAGUGGAGACACAGCACCUACGUGUUGGACCUCAACGACAAGGAGUGUGCUCCGGCGCCCAAGCAGAGCUCUCCGGACUCUGACUCCUGCCCCUCAUCUCCUAAGCACCCCUUGACCCCCUCGGAGAAGUGCGGAGUCCUAAAUGUAACCAAAAUCACAGAGAAUGGAAAGAAAGUCAGGAAGAACUGGACCUCCUCGUGGACAGUCCUGCAGGGUUUCUCCCUGCUUUUCGCCAAGGGCCAAGGGGGCAGCACCAGCUGGUCUCACUGCCGCAGCGGCUCCAUCCCCGAGCUGCUCCUCGCUCUCCUUAGCAACUGGAAGCGCUCGGUCAAGCCGCGUCCUGCUGUCUCCUAUGUGAACUGUAGGCCUGUGCAGGCUCCCGCUUUUGGGGGCAACCAGUCGAAGCCCGAGUUCACCGUUGAUCUGCGCGGGGGGGCGGUGGAUUGGGCCUCCAAGGACAAGUCGAGCAAGAAGCACGUCAUCGAGCUGAAGACGCGUCAAGGGACAGAGCUGCUGAUCCAAUCAGAAAUCGACAGCGUCAUCAACGACUGGUACCGGGCCCUCACUGAGACCAUCAACACACAUGCCUGGGAGUCGGAUGAGGCCAUCGAGGAGGACAUGCCCGAGUCCCCGGGGGCGGAGAAACAGGACAAGGAGAAGGACCACCGGGACUCAAAGAAGAACCGAGCAAUGAAGACCUCUGUGAGUAUGGACUCAUCGGACCAGAAGAAAACCCGGCUGAAACUCAAGAAGUUCCUGACGCGCCGACCCACCUACCAGGCCGUCCGAGACAAGGGCUACAUCAAAGAUCAGGUGUUCGGCUGCAGUCUGACCAGUCUGUGCCAGCGGGAGACCACGUCGGUUCCAAACUUCGUCACCAUGUGCAUCGACCAUGUGGAGAACACCGGCCUGGAUGUGGACGGCUUGUACCGCGUGAGCGGCAACCUGGCUGUGAUCCAGAAGCUCCGCUUUGCUGUGAAUCACGAUGAGACGGUGGAUCUGAAUGACAGCAAGUGGGAGGAUAUCCACGUCACCACCGGAGCUCUGAAGAUGUUCUUCAGGGAGCUUCCUGAGCCCCUCUUCACCUACGGGUCCUUUGACGACUUCGUAGACGCCAUCAAGUGCUCCGACUACAAGCAGCGGCUCAACUCAAUAAAAGAGUUAAUAAAGAAGUUGCCAAACCCCAACCACGACACAAUGCAAGGUCUCUUCAAACACCUGCGCAGGGUGAUUGACCACGGCGAGGCCAACCGCAUGACCACCCAGAGCGUGGCCAUUGUGUUUGGGCCCACGCUGCUGCGGCCCGAGACGGAGACGGGAAACAUCGCGGUCCACAUGGUCUACCAGAACCAGAUAGUGGAGCUUAUCCUGCUCGAGUACGACAGCAUUUUCCUCAGGUAGAGGAGGCCCGGCUGUGACGGGACGCCGGGCGUCUCUUCCUCCUCCUCCUCUUCCUCUUUUCUUCAACCCAACUGAACAUUGCUGUGGACCAAGCAUGGGGGAGAAGGAAGAAAACCAAGCAAAGUUACUUUCAUUGACAGUUGACAAAAAGUGUUGCACUUACAGAGAAGAAUAAAAGAGAAAUGACUUAGUAGGUGGACAGAUUCCAGCCUCCUUACCUUGCUGAAGGGGAGAGCUGAAUCACAACUGGAUUUUUUUUUGUGUUUUUGUCUGUGAUGUCGUUUCCCAACAGGUGAAACAAAAAAAGUAGCGUUACAGUGUUACGGACCGUCUCCUUGGCACUUGGAGGAACUGGAGUUCCAGACAGAGUCCACCCCCCCCCCCCCCUACCCCAAAACUAACCCUAGGCGAGACCUUCAAACCCCUAACCAGUGUUAACCACUAAACCUGUGACCUGAGGCCCCACAACGCAGGACAACAAGCCCUCUGUGUGUUAGUUUGUGGUUGUGUGUGAGUGAGCUGAAGCCCGGGCGUCAGGUGGCUUCGUGUCGUGUGGUCCAACGUGCUGUGGUGACCUUUGUGUUAACGCUGCAGGUGGAGAUCCUCCGUGCUCCUGGUGCAGCAACCACAUAGUAGACUUCUUGGGACUGCAUCCACUUUCACAUGAAUUAAUGUCCAACUGUUGGCUGGAUGAUCCUCACCUGAACUAAUAUUAAAGAGUAACGGUACUGAGAAUAUAUAUAUAUAUAUAUAUAUAUAUAUAGUGUUCAUGAAGUGGACGCGUGGGGGGUUGGAUUGCAAAGAAGAGCCUUUACAAAAAGUCUCAUAAAGUAGUUGUUGAAAUGUGUAGUGGUGGCUGAGGUGUGUGUGUGUGUGUGUGUGUGUGUGUGUGUGUGUGUGUGUGUGUGUGUGUGUGUGUGUGUGUGUGUGUGUGUGUGUGUGUGUGUGUGUGUGUGUGUGUGUGUGUGUGUGUGUGUGUGUGUGUGUGUGUGUGAGACAGACGAUUUGUACGUUUGAAUUCCAAUGCACAGGUGAAACGGAGCCGUGGUCCACUGGUGUCUCUGAAGGUGACCCUGGAGUGUCUGAAUGAACUGCUGUUUGUGAAACCGCUAUGUCUAAUAAAAGAGACAAACUAAGCAA